UUGGAAAAUACCAACACACUCAACUGUUUAGAACAAACUAAGUGUUGGAUCAGCAGAGCUAGAAAACGCGGAAAUGGCUGCUGGACCAUGUGCGUCACUCUGCUCGACUUUGCUGUUUAUUGGCGUCUUCGCGUUUGUGUCUGCAGACCAGAAAAUCAUCACAGCUGAGUCUGGACAGGACGUCACUCUGACAUGUCGAGCUCCAAACAACAACUUCAUAGUUGUAGAGUGGAGCAGAGCUGACCUGGGAGAUGAAUAUGUGUUUGUUUAUCGGGAUGGGCGAUUUGUUCCAGACAGCCAGCAUCCAUCUUUUAAGAACCGGGUGGACCUUCAGGACAGACAGAUGAAGGAUGGAGACGUGUCUCUGGUUCUGAAAAAUGUGACGACUGCUGAUGAUGGAUCAUACAAUUGUAAUAUCUUCAAUGGAGGGACAACUUCAUGGGAGAGCAUCAACACUGUCAGCCUGACUGUUUCAGGUCAGACAGAAGGACAAGAGAAGGAUGAAGACAACAAAGAUGGAGGAAAGGAAGACAAAGAGAAGGAGGAUGGAUCUGCUGGACUGACUGUUGGUCUGUCAGUUCCUGCUGUGCUUCUUGUUGCUGUUGUUGUUGGUUUCCUGAUCUACAAAGGAUGUAAACAGAAUCCUGCUGAUCCACAUGAAGCAGAGCAUCUUCAGCCUGAUUACCAGAAAACCAUCCCAGCUGAGUCUGGACAGGACGUCACUCUGACAUGUCGAGCUGUAAAUAAUGAGUCAGAGAAAAUGAACCAACAGCUUCAUCAACCUGAGGUUGAUCCAACACAGACUCAGACAUUUCUCUCAGUCUGAUCCUCUCUGAGUCUCAGUCACUCAUUGUAAAUGACCUCAUUAAUGUUUUCCUUCAUAAAUUGGUUCAUACGUGCAUAUUAUUCUGUUGUAGCUUGGACACAGCUAAUGUUUUUAUUUGGAAAGUAGAACGACCAGGUGUCAAACAUCAGUCGAUGUAAACUAUACAGCAGCACGAGCUCCAACAUACAGAGAGAAGAUUUGCUCAACGGUUAAGAAAUGGGAAAAAGGCUGUUAAGGUGGAAUUCUAAGUUGCAAAUAGUUCCCUGGCACCUGGUUGAUGAGGGAACAAUGUUGGUAUCAAAGUUUAUUGUUUAAAUGUGUACUUUUGUUAUUUCACGGAGCAUAAAGCUGCUGACUGCUACUGAGUGUAACGGUUAAGUUUUCCCCCACUAGAGGGCGCUCACACCUCGGUACAUGUGUCAUGUUUAGUCAGCGAUGCAAAGAUUUACAAGAUUCACUGUUAUAUGCUUUUUAAGGUCAAAGACAAUCGUAAUAUGGUGUAUUUUAUCUCAGGGUAUAGAAAAGGUAAGAGGCUAAAUGUUAGAAGGGUUGAAUAAAUAUACACGGCAAAAGCGCUCAAUGUAGAGAUUCAAGGGCCUUAAAGGUGUCAUCAUUUAAAGUAAUACAAUUAUGAUUAAUAAAUAAGGAAAAAGGUUAAAGAUUAAAGUUACCAAUGGUAAUUUUAUUCUGUACAUUUUGUAGCUUUUACGGUGUGAUCACAUUCAAAGCUGUUCAAUAAAAGGAUUGUGAACCAUCAGUUUGGAGACCAUCUUUUCAUCCUGGGAUGCUGUGCUCGAUUCUUCACUUUAAAUUAUUCCUUUUUAAUUUGUGUCAUUGGCAGAGAAGAUAAAUCAUGUGACGUUCAUCAUGUCACAUGUCACCACAGAUUUAAAUGUAGAUUUGAUGUCUCUGUGUGUUUGUUAUUAACACUGUGGAUUUUUCUCAUAUACUGAGGUUUGAAACAUUUCUGGACUUAGUGAAGUGUUUCUGUCUGUGUAAUAGAUGUUAACCUGAUAGUGUGGAUUAAAUGUUGGAUAAUAUUGAUGAAUUUUGUCUGCAUGUGUCGAAAAUCAUGCUAACAGCUAUCACACUGUUAAUUUUACAGAACGUGAAAUAUAAAUCAAAUAUUUGUAACAUUUAAUUAUUAAACAGUGAACAUGAUAAACUGACCCAGUACAUGUAAAACAUCCAGAGCAGCUCUAUGGGCUCCAAUUAUGGUCAUAAAUAUUUUGUAUUUGUAAGUCAGACUGUGUAGUUGUGAAGUUUUCUGACCUUGGAAACCAAAAUAUUUGAUAAUGUUAU